AUGUGGCUAAAGUGCUCUCGACCAAUCUCCGCUGGCUUUAGUACCAGUGACGCGGUUGGGAGAGUAGCGCAGGGUUCUCCUGGAGUUCCCUCGCCUGAUUAUGACAUAGCUGUCCUUGGAAGUAAUCAAGAGGACAUUGAGAAACUAGCUACGACUCUGAUAAGAGAGCAGAUCGGCCAACAAGUUGGGCCUAGCGGAGAAGGAGGAGAACAAGAACCCAGAGGACGAGGUGAACGACUACCUGAUGAGGGCCAUCGAUGCCCGAAGCGUGGACCAACUGAGAUCCGAACACUGCAGGCCCUUUCUCCUCCACUUCAAGCAGCCCCACAUAGAGGCUAAGUACUCCAAAGAACGAGACAAGAUGCUCCACAUCUACUUCUUGUGCUCGCUAUCCAUCAUAGCUUCCAUCGCAGCUGUGGUGCUUCUCAUAUUUCCGCAGU